AUGGUCUGCUAUAUUAUUUAGUUGGUUACGUCGCGUUGAGGCAAUCUACGCUGUGGUAACAUCAACGGUGGCAGUUUGGCUGCCAGAGUGGCCGCGAACUUUUGCCAGUGACAAGCUACCGUCGCGACUAGGCGCCGUUUUCUUUUAGUUUGUCCCGUCCUAAACUGUUUAGCGCUUUUUUUUAUCAAUCGUUCUCUUAUCUAUCAUCCGCGGUGUCUAAAAGCGUGGGAUCUGUCGUCGAUCGAUCGAGAUUCGAUUUUAAUUACACAAUUUUUCUCACCGCAAAAGAUGCCGUCAAUUAGGAAUCGUCUGGGCCGUAUAACAUGCAGACAAGUGUUAAACAUAAUGGUGAUCCUCGGUUUUAUGCUGAACUACAUGUUACGCGUCAACCUGACGAUCGCCAUUGUAUCGAUGGUAAUUCCGAGCGGCAACGAUACUUCAGACUCGAAUGUUCAUAACGCGUCCAGCGAGUGCUUCGAACGGGCAAUCGCUGAUAAUGAAUCGUCGAACUCUACGAUCUCUUCGGUCGAUCGUUCACCGAAACUCGGCGAAGAUAUAAUUCAGACAAGGUAUCCGUGGAACGAAUACCAGGUGAACCUUAUAUUAGGUAGCUUCUUCUGGGGUUACAUAUGCACUGAAUUACCAGGUGGCAGGCUCGCGGAAGUGGUAGGGCCUAAGAGGGUGUUCGGGUACAGUAUGCUACUGUCGAGCGCUAUCACAUUCCUGACACCCUUGUCAGCGAUUUACGGCUAUGAUGUGGUCGCCGUCUUGAGGACCGUACUUGGAUUCUUGCUGGGAGCCACUUGGCCUGCUAUGCAACCGAUGACCGCUCGAUGGAUACCACCUACGGAACGUAGCAAAUUCGUCUCCAACAUGAUGGCUUCGUCCCUUGGCGCAGCGUUAACGAUGCCGAUGUGCGGGUUUUUAAUAGCCUCCUUCGGUUGGGAAUCAGUAUUCUAUGUAACCGGGACCAUAGGGAUUGUGUGGAGUAUAGCUUGGUUCCUCUUAGUAUUUGAUUCUCCGGCGCAACAUCCGAGAAUCUCUCUUGAAGAGCGUAGGUACAUUGAAGAUUCGAUAGGUACAACAUCCACGACAAAGCGAUUACCAGUUCCGUGGAAGUCUAUCUUGCUGUCUGUCCGCGUUUGGUCUAUCGUCAUUACUCACUCGUGCAACGUGUUUGGAUACUUUACCGUUGUCAACCAACUACCGACUUACAUGAAGUACAUCUUGAAUUUUAACAUAAAACAGAACGGACUGUUGUCCUCCUUACCGUACCUCGGCAAAUACAUAUUCGCGGUGACGACAUCCACUGUCGCUGACUAUCUCUUCAAAACGAAGAGGCUGUCAGUAACGGCCAUCCGGAAGAUCUUCACCAGCUUUGCUGUCUUCAGUCCAGGACUGUUGAUGAUCAUCCAAGCGAAUUACGGAUGCGAUCGAGUAGUAUCUGUUUCAAUCUUCACGAUCGCUUUAACUAUCAACGGCGCAGUAACCGCUGGCUACCUAGGGAACAGUUUGGACAUCGCGCCCAACUUCUCUGGUACUAUCUUCGGUAUAAUGAAUACGCUCGGCUCUUUGGGAGGAUUCCUAAGCAGCUACAUGGUUGGAUCCAUAACGUACAAGAAUCAGAGCUAUCAAAGUUGGAGUACAAUUUUUUUUAUACUGGCGUCGAUUUAUAGCUUUGGUGCUAUAACGUUUUUAGUGUUCGGUACCGGCCAAUUGCAAAAGUGGAACAAUCCUGAGCAGGCUCAGAACAGUAAUCUUCCUAACGUGCACAAGACACCAGGAAAAGAAGAAUCGGUACCUUUGAAGGACAAGACGGUACCCUAAAAAAUGAUCUCUGAAGACAUAGAAAUGUAGAUUUCCAGAUUUUCCAGACGAAUGGUCGAAGAACAAAAAAAAUCCAAAGCAGGACCCGAGUGGGAUAUUACAUGGUUUGUAAGAAUGACAGAGUAUAGAGAUUUUAUAAUUUUAAUACAACAGUUUUUGAAGUGCGAAAGUAUUAAUACAAUCUUCCGAAUUAGUCGUGGGAGUGUAAACCAUUUAUGUAAUACAAAACUGCGAUACGUCUUUUCGACCUGUAGAUUUUGUGAGAAAUCAUUAUUUCAAUUUUGAUACAAAUUAAUCGCAUUUUUUCACGCUAUUUGGAUACAAUUUCAUUUUAUUCAUGCGUUUGUGCACAGACCGAAGAACACAUGGCGCACAGAUUCAAGUGGCGCAAGUCCAAACGAUCGAAGCAUCGCGCGGCGCUGCGCCGCAUCGCACUGUGCAUUCAGUUCAGGAGGUUCAGGAGCAGGUUCGAGUUCCGAAGUUCCGAGUCGGGUCUCAAGUCUCCUCGUGAGAUGAAGCGACGCGGCGCGGCGCACCCGCGUCGCGAUGACCGGCGUACAGGCGCCGCGCGUUGCGGUGCACGCUCGCCGUGACGCGUGGCGCUGCGGCGCUACGCCGAUGUGCCAGGAGGGCAGACCGCGUAAGAGUUUGUUCGACGAGCGGCUCGUUCGUUCCUUGUCUUUCCAUGUUCUCUCUUCUUCCAGCGCAACUCGCGAUUGGGCCAGCAGGUCACGCUGGCUCUCCGAUAUAAUACCUACUGGAUACGUGUGGUAAUUCAGACGAUUGCCCACCUGAGAUCCAUUCUUCAUCUCUCUUAUCGUCUCGGCAUCUCAUAUAAGUACAUCGUAUGUAGUUCAUGUUUCAUCGUAUACUAUUUUUUCACAUAAUACAUUGAACGUUUCCAAUUGCUUUAAUGAUUUGUAGUACAAAAAAUACAUAAGGAUAAUUUAUUAUUUAACUAUCACAAAUUCUUUAUAAUGUCUAAUUACUAAGCCAUUUAGCGCAAUUUAAUGAUCUUUGAGGACACACCGUUUCGAUGUCAAUAAGAUCUAAAGUAUUAUUAGAUAUUAUGUCUUAUUAUUUAAGCUUUUAGACUUACAAGAAGAACAUCGCACUUUCUUUUUAAGAAGAUCUCUUCCUGAAAUCGCUUUCGACAGUUUCAAAUUUAAGCGCAGUAAUGUACUAUAAAAAUGGGAAAAUUGUAAGUGGAAUAAUGUACUAUAAAUAUGGGGAAAAAUAAAUGAAUGGGAAAUGAU